AAAGCUGUCCAUAAGACUUAAUUAUUUUUAAUAGCCUUUUAACCUUGACCUCAGAAAAAUAAGCCCCACCGUUUUAUAAAAGCAACAUACAGACACGCCCUGCUGAAUGCACAUAAUUUCAAUUCCAUUAAACGAUUGCAUAUCACUUUGCCAAUAAUAAGGAGUUUCACACUAAAAAUCAUCAAAUCCAUUAAAAGGAAUCAGUGACUCAAAUAGUAAUUAUUGGGAAUGGUCAGGUCAGUCCAAACCAAACGUCCCAACGAUGAAAUCAAAUGUCCUCAGUUUUGUUAUUUUGUCAGCAGUUUUCGUUGCUGAAUUAUCAAAAACAGAAGCUGAAUUCAACACCAAGUUCGUGAGCCUUGUUAAGAAUCUAAAUAAAGCUGAAAAAUUUGAUAGCAUUUUUAUUUACAAGUUUGCUGAAUACGAAUUCUUCAAUGAUUUUAAUGACAAACUUAUUCGAAAUAUUUCAAAUUCCCUUAGAAUUCCAGUAAUUCUGUCAACUGAGGAUACAUCAUUUUACUUGAAAGGAAAAUUCAAUGAAAAUCUGCUAACAAUAGUUCAAUUUGAAGAAUAUGAUUUAUUUCUUCAACGACUUGUUGAACAUCUACAACAUAUUCGUUUCUGUAAAAUCAUUUUUGUACUCAAGAAUUCUGCAAGAAAUGGUUGGAAACAAUUGGAGAAAUUGUUCGACUUUUGUUGGAAGAAUAAAAUGAUCAAUGUUUUGGCAAUUUUUCAAGAUUUCGGGACUUCUUCGACAUACUACAUUUACAAUCACUUUGGAAAUUUCAAUAUCGAAGAACUCAAAUGGAACGAAAACGAUUUACAAAUUUUUCCAGAUCGAAUGAGAAAUCUUCAAGGUGUUAAGUUGCCAAUUCUUUUUGGAGCAGCAGAACCAGGAGUGAUAAUUUCAGAAAACUCUAAAGGAAAUACGCUAAUUGGUGGUUUCUUGGGACAUCUCGUCAGUACAUUUGCAAGCAAGCAUAACGCGAAAUUUGAUAUUUCGAACGUAAACACUUCAAUUUUUUACAACAAUAUUAGAAAACAUGUUUUGGAUGAAUUAAUUGAGAUAGCAGGAUCUCAAACGAUGGACUCAGAAGUAUCAAUUGAAUGGUUUUCAUAUCCUUUUGCUACGUUCGAUUGGGGUAUAAUGCUUCCUGUAGAGCCAAACAUCCCUGUUAACAAGGUUUAUGGCAAUAUUAUUCAUUGGGAAGCCUGUUUAAUAUUAAUUUUGAUAUUCUUCUUGCUUUCUGUGUUACUUUCAGCUUCUGGAAAGGCCUCAAAAUCGAUAAGUACCUUCAAAUUAAAUAUUGAUUGUUUUCGUGGAAUGCUUGGACAGUCCUUUCCUGAAACACCAACAGCCUCAUUCAGUACAAAAAUCAACUACUCGUUGAUCUUUUUGUUGGGAAUCAUGAUGGUAACUUCAUACGAUGCAUUUCUUCAGUCCUUUAUGACUCAACCAUCAAGGGAAAAGGUUAUAAAAUCGUUUGAUGAUUUGCAGAAUUCUGGUUUAAAAAUACUAUUAACUAAGGAUGAAAUCGGAACUUAUUUAAAAUUGAAACCUAAAUUCAUGAAAAAGUAUUCAAACUUAUUUCAAGUUGAAAACAAACCCAUGACUAAGAAUAAAUUACGAGAUACUUUGAAUACCAAAUACGCUUUUACGGUAGCAAGAAUAACUUGGAUGACUUAUAAAAAUCAGCAGGAUUUUUCCAAUCAACACCUGUUUCGAUGGUCUGAAGAAUUGUGCCUUUUUAAGAAUAAACUAUCAGCAAUGUUUAUAAAUGAAAAUUCAAUUUUUAAAAGAAUUUUAAACUUGCAUAUCUUGGAAACACAAUCAAGUGGAUUAUUUGAUUUUUGGGUGAAGAGGACUUUUUAUGAGUUACUUGCUGAUGGAAAAAUUCAGAAGUCAAAUAUUGGAUUUGAUUUAAAAUUACACCAGUUUAAAGUUAACGAUUUGAAGUGGAUUUGGAUAGUGAUGGGUUUGAUGUUGAUGGUCGCUACUUUGUGUUUUGUUGGAGAAAUUUGUAUUUUUAAAUGUUUAUGACAAAAUAAAUGAUGAAAAUGGA